AUGCCCAUGAGGGGCCUAACGGCGGUCGUGAACACGGUGGCCGCUGCACUGUGGACGCUGGCGCGGCGCCAGUGCGACCGUUGUGGCGAGCAGCGGACCUGCGGGCGCACCGCCAACCGUCCGCCAGGGCUCCGGCGCCAGUGGCGCUGCGGCGGCGCAUCCGCGGUCUUGCUCUGCUACGCGCCCGGGGUCCGGCCCGCGGGCCAUGGGCGCGCCCGCAAGCUCACGCGACGCCGUGCCUGGUUCUGCCCCGGCAGCCGCAUCCAGCGGGGGCUCCAGUGCUGCAGUUGCGACAAGGGGCACAUGUAUAAGUACUGGCGUGGGUACGUUGAGUCCCCUUCUGGGAAUGGCCAGGGCGGUUUCACGAAGAGGGUGGAUACCGGUUGUCCUGCGUCAGAGAUCUUCAUGCUCAACAAGUCUUUCGGCGUGCAUGAUCAGUGGGCGCAGCGGUGGGCCUGCCGUUUGUACGCGCACAGGGCGUCCUUCCUUGGAGAGGCCCAGAUCUUGCGGGCGUUGGAACCAGAAGUCGCCACGGAGACUCUGGAGCAAUCGCUGGAAUCCGCAUGGGUGCGGCACCAGAUGUGGCAGAGAUCUUUGGAGCGCGAGGGCGCUCGCGCUGCCCUGGCAAGCUCUUUGUUGGAAUUGCCUCUGGAGAGCUUCCUGCAGAGUUGCGCAUCCUGGUGCCGCCCUCUCAUGAAGGAGCGCCGCCUCCGCGCGUGGCGGGCCAGCGGAGACAGGAUGGACAUCGUCUGCGUCGACGGCAACGCCAAGCUGUACCGGCGAUCGUGCGGCGCGCCGUGCGCCGAGGCCGUUUACCACGACGCCCUGGACUUGCACUUGGUGCGUGGUUGCCCAGAGUCGCCUUUGCAGAAAGGAGUGCUUUGCCGGCGUCGCCAGGAGCUCGCCGACCGCCCUGCCCUCGCUGGAGAAAUCGAAGCGCACCGCGUGCGGGCGCCCCUGUCCGCCAUGGCUUACCUUGACGUUGAAGUGCGAAUGACGGGCUUCGCUAAUUGGCAGCCCGCGUGCACGGUCCCCGACUCGACCGUGCAAGCGUAUUUCGCUAAGAAUGCAGAACAGGUCAUUCAAGAGCGCAAACGCCGUCGUCAAGAGCGCAGGGAGUUGCGCCGACAACCGCUUCGCUUGGUCUUAGGCGACUGGGCUUCCGGAUACGCUAAAGACAAGUGCUCGUGCAAGACGCGCAAGGAGUCUGUCUCGGCCAUCCGCGCGGCAGAACGGUCGGCCGGCUUCCUUGCCGCAGUCUCAGAGAGCGGGAUUGUCGGUGCUCUUGAAGAAGUGAUUACUGCUGAGACGCUUUCCCAGCGCUAUUGCUUUUUGGCAGACGUGGCAAGUGCCGUCCCGGAGCUCAAGACGCUCGUGCACGACGACGCGUGCCGCGUGCGUUUAUUCGCCAAGGGCAGGGCGGAGGGCGCAGCGCCCGGCAGCCUGGCCGUUCGCCUGGGCCAGUUUCGGUACGUCGUCGACCGACCCCGCAGCAAAGGGCACGUCGAUGCCACGUGCAAGGCGGAAUGCUUCCCAGACGUGCCCGCGAACGCUGCCGCCCUGGGUGAUUUCCCCACGCCGAUAUGCGAGUCUGUCAACGCGCAGCUGUCGCCCUUGGCGCACACCGUACACCACAUGGGGCGGUGGGUCUGCGACUUCAUCGUGGGCGAAUGCGUGGACGUUCACAAUGAGUUGCGCGCCCAGGAAGCGGCGCGCGGGGCUGCCAGGGCGGCCCGGAAGGCAGCCCGGCUCGACCGCGCGCUUCCCCCACGCCCGGUGCCCGCAGAGAUUCCCGCCGCGGGCUCGGCCCCGGCGGGGGCGCCCGCGGGCGCGGGCAGGGCGGCGGCCGCGGGCGCCGCCCCGGAUGCGGCGCAGGCGAUUAUCGUGCGCCGGAGGCUCUUGCCGGUUUGGGCAGCUGCUCUCGCUGACGGCGAGAAGUUUUUCGAGUGCCAGGGGCAUUUUAAAGGGCACCCUGGGAACACAAUGGCUUUCGCAUGCCCUGGGGCCCGGGUCAUUUUCGGGAAGGACACCGCUGCCGGAGUUGCGGUCUGCGCUGGGCCAGCGCAGCGCGGCUGCAACGCCGACGACGCGCAGCGCUUGCUCCGCGCGAUUCCGGAGCGCCUCCGUGACGAGCUGACCGCGUACCUCGCCCCAGCUCUCUCGUUCGACGUCCUGCACGUGGGCGCUGUCUUCGAUCUCCGCCCCUUGGCGUUGACGUGGCCCGCGCUUGAGGAGGCGCUUGCCGCGCAGCCGCUGCUGCAGAAUCAAGGCUUCCCGCGCUUCCACGGUGGCGAUUUAAAUGCGCGCCUGGAUGCGCUCUGUCGGCGACCUGGCGUCGUCGUCCGGCGGCCGCCCCCGCCGGUCCGGCCAGAUCAACGGCGCUUGUUCAGCGGCAAG